AUGGGGCGUGGUCGCAUGAAAUGGUUCCCGGUGCAGGGAAUUGGCUUCUUCUACGUCGGAACCAUUCCUUUCUUCUCCCUACUUUAUACAGUUUCUCAUCUGGCAGCCUUUCAAUUCAAUGGCCUGCCUUCGCCGCCAUAUCCCUACUACAACAGCCGCGGCGGAGCAUCGUCUCCAAAAUCUGCCAGCCCUCAGCACUACGACGCCAACUACACGGUCACAACGACAUUUUUCAUCCUCUGCGUCUCGAUUCUCCACACGCUCAUGUGGUUUGCACAGUGUGUGCUCUGCACAUCCUGCGAGCUCGCGCCCAUCCUCGCGGGCCACCAGGGCCGCGUUCCCAAGUGGUGUCCACAGUCGCGGUUCCGCGACACGGGAAAGCCGGGCCUCGCAGACAUGCUGGGGACGCUCGCGACGGUCAAGGAUUUUUUGCAGUGGGCCAUGUUUGUGCUGGCGGCGGGGCUGAUUGAGUGCGCGCGGAGGGAGUGGAUGCGCGCAGAGCACGUGCGUGGCCAGCAGGUGCGCAUGAUGGGCGCCGGGAUCGAUUUCGGCGGGCCCGGCCAGGCCGUCGGCGACGUCGACUUCUCCAGAAGGCCUGGCGGAGCAGGAGCGGCGGUGGAACUGAGCACCAUCUCCGGCCCGCGCCUCGUCUUCCGCGCCGAGGAGGAGGAAGCAGCCCGGAUGAGGGAGGAGGAAGAGACCCGGCGCAAGCGCCUGCGCGAGGAGGAGGAGCGCAAGAAGCUCUGGGCAGGCGGCAACGGGCCGCUUCCUCGCCAGCCCACGGGGCCCGGCGCGCCGGGCAACAAGGACAAUUACUACGGCAAUGGAUUGAAGAGGAGCGGCACCCUGAACCAUAUGUAUGAGUCGAGGGUGUGA